ACACACACACACAGAGUUUUCCUGUUAUGCACUCAAGCAGUAGGUUGAAAGACUUGAUACAGGUUACACGUCGUUUUCUAGUGCAUUCUCAUGUGAGUGUGUGUUGUGGUGUCACAUGAGGGAAGCAGGUGUGCUGUAGGCUGACAACCGUUUUGGGUUACCUCAGAGCAACACACGCCCCACAUCCCACCAUGGCAUCCAACCCACAUCACCACGUGGAGGAAUUUCAUGAGGCAAUUAAACACCAAUCAACAGCGGUAAGGAGGGACCGGAACUGGUCAUUGCUGUAGAGGAAGGAGACGAGACAAGGGUGAGGUCAGCACUCGACAAGGGUGCCCGGUCUGAGGUCACCGUCCCCACUAAUGCUGGGAUGUCAUGUAGUCUGCUGAUUCUGGCUGCCAGCGAGGGCCACGACCACCUGUUACCUCACUUACUGCAGGCGGGAUUAAGCAUAGAAGGUGGAGGCACCACUGACUGGACACCGCUGAUGGUGGCUGCCCAGCGUGGCCACGCCCAUACAGUGAAGGCGCUGCUGGACCUUCGUGGUAACCCUCUAGCCAUGAACAGUAGAGGAUGGACAGCCCUACACUUUGCUGCAAUGGAGGGCCACCAGCAAUGUGUGGCGGCCCUCUUGCCCUUUACCCCUCCCACUCCCGCACACCUCGAGGCACCCACCCCAGUGCACGCCGCCAGUUAUCAUGGCCACGUGGAGGUACUGGAGCAGCUGGAAGGUGCUGGCUGGCCCCUCACCGCCAGGGACAGUGAUGGCAACACACCCAUGCACUGUGCUGCGGCCGGGGGUAGCGUGACAUGUGUGCAAUGGCUGGUGCAGCGAGGGGGUGACACGAGCAUACAAAAUAAUGCUGGACACACCCCGCUUGACCAGGAACUGGUCAUUGCUGUAGAGAAAGGAGACGUGGCAAGGGUGAGGUCAGCACUCAACAGGGGUGCCCGGCCUGAGGUCACCGUCCCCACUAAUGCUGGGAUGUCAUGUAGUCUGCUGACUCUGGCUGCCAGCGAGGGCCACGACCACCUGUUACCUCACUUACUGCAGGCGGGAUUAAGCAUAGAAGGUGGAGGCACCACUGACAACACACCGCUGAUGGUGGCUGCCCAGCGUGGCCACGCCCAUACAGUGAAGGCGCUGCUGGACCUCCGUGGUAACCCUCUGGCCACGAAUAGUGACGGAUGGACAGCCCUACACUUUGCUGCAAUGGAGGGUCACCAGCAAUGUGUGGCGGCCCUCUUGCCCUUUACCCCUCCCACUCCCGCACACCUCGAGGCACACACCCCGGUGCACGCCGCCAGUUAUCGUGGCCACGUGGAGGUACUGGAGCAGCUGGAAGGUGCUGGCUGGCCCCUCACCGCCAGGGACAGUGAUGGCAACACACCCAUGCACUGUGCUGCGGCCUGGGGUAGCGUGACAUGUGUGCAAUGGCUGGUGCAGCGAGAGGGUGACCUGAGAAUGCAAAAUAAUGCUGGACACACGCCGCUUGACCUGGAGCUGGUCUCUGCUGUAAAGGAAGGAGACGAGGCAAGGGUGAGGUCGGCACUCGACAAGGGUGCCAGGUCUGAGGUCACCGUCUCCACUAAUGCUGGGGUGUCAGGCAGUCUGCUGGCUCUGGCUGUCAACGAGGGCCACGACCACCUGUUACCUCACUUACUGCAGGCGGGAUUAAGCAUAGAAGGUGGAGGCACCACUGACAGGACACCGCUGAUGAUGGCUGCUCAGCGUGGCCACGCCCAUACAGUGAAGGCGCUGCUGGACCUCCGUGGUAACCCUCUAGCCAUGAACAAUAGAGGAUGGACAGCCCUACACUUUGCUGCUUUGGAGGGCCACCAGCAGUGUGUGGCGGCCCUCUUGCCUGUCACCCCUCCCACUCCCGCACACUUCGAGGUACACACCCCGGUGCACGCCGCCAGUCAUGCUGGCCACGUGGAGGUACUGGAGCAGCUGGCAGGUGCUGGCUGGCCCCUCACCGCCAGGGACAGUGGUGGCAUCACACCCAUGCACCGUGCUAUGUAUAGGGGAUGUGCAGCAGCUGUGCAGUGGCUGGUGCAGAGAGGUUGUGACCCACACGUGCAAACGAAGGAUGGACACACCCCGCUGAUGUUGGCCGUGCAGCAUGGCCACCACGAGGUGGAGACCUGGCUGAUUAAAAAUUGCAGCGGUGUAGUGAGGAGAAAGACUCGGCGUGUGGAAGAAGUGAGGGAGUGGCGGGUCCAGCAUGAACACCUACACAACACAGUCUUGUCCAUGCUGGUGGAGGGCAACAUGUCAGAUAUGGCCAACAUCCCAAAGGAUUUUGAUGGUCACGCGCUAAGCCAGGAUGGCCUGACGCCUCUCCAUGCCGCGGCCCUGUGCGGGAGCCCCAGUGAUGCUGUGGAGGCUUUGCUGCGACGUGGCGUGAGCCCUCAUGUGACCACCCCUGACAACAUGACCCCCGCUGACCUGGCACGGCAGAAAGGGCAUGACUCAGUGAUUAAGGGACUACAGCACCACAACUGUGUACAGAGCUACAAGCUUCCUGAAGAACUGCAUGAGGAAUUGCUCUCAACAGUCAGUCGCUGGGACGACGUGCAGGCGGUGUCCAUCCUCCUGUGUAAGGGCGCGCCUAUAGAGCUCCUGUGUGGCCUUUCCGUCCUCAGACUGGCUGUCACCACCGACCGCAUAAACACCGUCAGCCUGCUGCUGGCUAGCAGUGCACCACUGCCUGCCAGCUUGCUGCAGGAGGCUUGGCAGAGCCCCGACGUGACUUACAGGGUGCUGGCCCUACUCACCACCGCCUACUGCUGCCGGCUGCGUGCAGAGCAGCGUCGCCUGGAAAAGGUCAGCAGCGCCCUUGUCGAGGGCAUCGACAAUCUAGUGACAACCAUCGAGGGAAAUACUCCCUGGCAGGCAGCCUGGCGAUGGGGAAAGGAGACUGACCGGCCAGCACUGAGCGACCUCCUGGCAAAGGCAGCGGCUGCCAACUGCCCCGUGACUGCCGCCUUCCUGCAUAGGGCAGGAGGGUGGACAGUCUUUAAUGGAGCCUCUGGUGGCACUGCCCUCCACGCUGCCCUGGAGGCUGGCCACAAAGGCAUGGCCGAGCUGCUGAUCAGGGACCUUGGGGGCUGCCCGUACGUGCCGGACACACGUGGUCGGCUUCCAGUGCACAUGAUGCCCGACGGGGAGCAACAAAGACUGGAGCAGAAGCUCUUUAUGAUGGAACGUGAAAAACUGGAGAAUAUGGAGCUUCGCUUGAAGGCAGACCACGAGAAGAGCACAGCACGGACAGCGCUGUGUGUACAGGAGGAUCUUUUUGAGAGCCACAAGAAGGGCGAGGGUAAGAAUGUCUCCUCAUCUGAUGGCCACACCGCCCUGCUGCUGGCCUCGCGCAAAGGUCUCCUGCAGCUGACUCAUCUUAUACUGCAAGAGGGUCAUUUCCCCGUGGACGAGGUGCUGGACCACACCUGCGGCACCACCGCCCUCCACCAGGCGGCCUCGCACGGCCAGGACGGCUGCGUGGCGCUGCUGCUGAGUGCUGGCGCCAACCCACAGCAGCGUGACACGUAUGGCCAGACACCCCGCCACCUGGCCGCCAUGUUUGGCCACAAAAGUACUUUUGAACUCCUGGCACACCAAGAGACGCAGGACCCUCCUUGCCGCGCAGGCACCACAGCCACACAGGCAAGAGAAAAUUUUAAAGUGUUUCACAAUAUGUAUUAUAAAUAUAAACGUAAUCUAUUAGAUACAGACGACCGCCAUAACCCUGAAAGCGUCAUAAGAAAUCUUGUGAGAUCCAUAGGCCUGCAAGAGCUGCAGGAGGAGGCUCAGCGGGUGGCUGUGGAUCUAUCAAAGGGCGAGGCCCUUGAGGUAAAGGAGGCGGUCAUGGCAGAAAUAAGCGUCAUCAUGAAUAAGGUGUCAGCCACUGAUGCCACGUACCGCGGCGACCUGAGGCUGGCGGGCAGUUCACGGGACGGGUCUAAGCUUUACGUCCCUGACGAAUUUGAUAUAAACCUCGUGAUUCACAAGGAUGACGUAGGAAUAACUGUUAGCGAGAGAGGGAAGGAGGAAGCCCCGUUGAAGGGCAGGUUACAAAUUUCUGUGAAGACUGACAAUCCCCACCUUGAGGGUAAUAGAUUUAUGACCAGUUUGUACGAGGAGGUGCACCGGUGCCUCGCUGGCCACACCCUGCAGGACAAAAGACUGAGCCUAGUGCCGCCGGGCCUGACCAGCACGCAAGUGGGCGUGGGACUCUCUCUGGCCUGGCAGGGGGAAGAGUAUCCACUGUUGCUGGUCGGCGUGGACCUGGUGCCAGUGCUUGAGGUGCCAUGGCUGGAGCAAGUUUCCAGACCCUUCCUCACUCCUGAGGACACCACCACCAUGCAGCUCAGUAAUACUGCAGAGGGAACAUGGCGUUGCAGCUUUGCCUUGACAGAGGCUAAGGUGCUGGGGACGUUGACACCCGCAGAGCGCCAGGUACAGCUGAUGGGAAAAGUGCUUCUUUCCCGCCUCAAGCCCGAGCGCUGGAUGCCUCGGCACAAAAAGAGCUUCUUCAAAUGGUUCGCCACACGGGAGUGGAACAUCGCGGUGCCAAGCGGGUUCUGUUUCAAGAACGCCUUCCUGCGGUGGCUGGAGCACAGGCGGUGGAGGGAGGUGGAGCUUGGGACUGGGCAGGAGCAGGAUCACACCAAGGAGUUGGAGCUGGGGCGGGAGGGGGACCCCGCCAGAUGGUUGGUGGAGGUGUUCAGAUUGAUGUGUGCGAACCCAGAAGAGACACGAGAGCAUCUGACAACUCAAAACAGCUCCGCCUACUUUGGAGGAGAUUGUGAGGGGCGGAAGCCUGGGGACGGGGCGCCCGUCAUCGUGCAGUGCCUGGAGGAGGGUUUGGAAAAGUUUUGCUCUGGCUCGGCCUCUGCCAAGACAACCGGGCCGCGGUGACGAAAGUAUUAGAUGCAGAAGAUGCAGACCCUUGUUAUCAUUAGCUGUGAGCUGCGCCACGCGUUGUAAGACCUCCCCCCCCCCAAACACACACACACACACACACACAGGGACACAAGUGCUUGGUGCUCGAUUUUCAGAUUCAGUAGUUUAUAUAGCCAAUUAGUUGU